AUGACAGCUGUACCGAAUGAAUUUUCAUCAGCAAAUAGUACAAUGACCUUCUUGAACUCUGAUACAGCUUGUCGAAUGGCAACUGACGAGGUUAUAAAAAUGCUUCAAACCGAUGGUCGCUUAGGUUUGAACGAGAGUGAAAUCGCCAGUCGACUGAAAUAUUACGGUCAUAACGAUUUCGAAACGGAUGACGAAGAACCAAUUUGGAAGAAAUAUCUGGGACAAUUCAAAGAACCGAUGAUACUAUUGUUACUUGUAUCUGCAUUUAUAUCUUUAUUGAUGAAACAAUAUGACGAUUCGAUAUCGAUUACCAUCGCGAUUAUUAUCGUUGUAACUGUGGCAUUCAUUCAGGAAAGUCGAGCGGAAAAAGAAAUCGAAGCGUUGAAAAAACUCGUUCCACCAAAAUGUGUCUGUAUACGCGACGGCAAAAGUCAUCAGAUCUACGCCAGAGAUUUAGUUCCAGGUGAUUUAUGUAUCUUAGAUAUUGGUGAUCGAAUACCAGCUGAUUUACGUUUAAUCGCAGUGAAUGAUAUGACUGUCGAUGAAUCGUCAUUUACAGGUGAAACGAAACCUUCGAUGAAAAUCAUUGCACCAGUUACAUUUGGUUCGAGACAAACGACGAUUAAUGAUCGAAAGAAUGUUUGUUUUAUGGGUACACAUGUACUCAACGGAAAUGCUAAGGGCAUUGUGAUAUGUACAGGUGAACAUUCUGAGUUCGGAAAAGUGUUUCAAAUGAUGCAAGAAGAAGAGGCCCCCAAAACACCACUACAGAAGAGUAUGGAUGCGCUUGGAAAACAACUAUCAUUUUAUUCGUUAAGUAUCAUUGGAUUCAUUGUAAUUGUCGGUUGGUUACAAGGAAGACAUAUACUAGAAAUGUUUACUAUCGGUGUAAGUUUGGCAGUUGCAGCAAUUCCAGAAGGUUUACCGAUUGUAGUCACUGUAACGUUAGCACUUGGAGUUCAACGCAUGGCGAAACGUGAAGCUAUUGUGAAAAAAUUGCCUAUCGUUGAAACACUUGGUUGUGUUACAGUCGUAUGUUCAGAUAAAACGGGAACCUUGACGAAGAAUGAAAUGACUGUGACGAAUAUUUUAACAUCCGAUGGACAAGUUGCCGAAGUAACCGGCUCAGGUUAUAACGGCGAUGGAGAUGUUCUAUGUAAUUCUCAAAGAGUCGCUUAUGAUUCACAUCCAUCGAUAGCCAAAAUCAUCGAAGUGGGUUCUGUAUGUAAUAAUGCUGAAAUUGUCGACUCUCAACUUCGUGGUCAACCAACUGAAGGUGCUUUACUUGCUGUUGCUUUAAAAAUGAAUCUUCCUCAUCUUCGUGAACAAUUUCAACGUGAACAUGAAUGGCCAUUUACUCAUGAAAAUAAAUGGAUGGCUGUACAAUGCGUUCCGAAAUACAAUCCCAAUGAAUUACGAAUUUAUCUGAAAGGAGCUAUCGAACAGGUUUUGAAAUUAUGCAAAAAGUAUAUGCAUCAUGAAUCACCAGUGCCAUUAACUGACGACAAAAUAAAAGAAUUCAUUAUGGAUUCCAAUCAAAUGGCAGCAAAAGGAUUACGAAUUCUGGCAAUGGCCACAGGACCAUCAUUAGAUGAUAUGAUCUUUGUUGGUAUGGUUGGCAUUAUUGAUCCUGAACGUCCACAAGUUGCGCAAGCUGUAUCACAAUUGAAAGCGGGCGGUGUUCAAGUAAAAAUGAUCACCGGUGAUGCGGAAAAAACAGCUAAAGCGAUUGCUUCUCGGUUGAAAAUCUAUGAAAGCACUAAUUUGAGUAUCUCGGGAGAAGAUCUCGAUCAUAUGAGUGCAUCUGAACUGGACAAUGCUGUUUCGAAAGCAACAAUCUUCUAUCGCGUUAGUCCCAAGCAUAAAUUAACCAUUGUUAAAACAUUACAAGCACAAGGACAUAUCGUCGGCAUGACAGGUGAUGGUGUAAAUGAUGCUGUUGCACUCAAAGCAGCCGAUAUCGGUAUAGCUAUGGGACAAACAGGAACAGAUGUAUGUAAAGAAGCGGCGGAUAUGAUUUUAGUCAAAGAUGACUUCUAUACAAUCAUGUCAGCGAUUGAAGAAGGAAAAGCAAUUUUUCAUAAUAUAAGAAAUUUUGUUCGAUUUCAACUGAGCACGAGUAUUGCAGCUUUGAGUUUGAUAACAUUGUCGACAGUUUUCCAUUUUCCUAAUCCAUUGAAUGCCAUGCAAAUUCUUUGGAUAAAUAUUAUCAUGGAUGGACCACCGGCCCAAAGUUUGGGUGUCGAACCUGUUGACCAUGACGUUUUACGAAAACCACCGAGAAAGGUGACAGAUGCAAUGAUUAGCAAACGCUUGAUAAUACACAUGGUGACAAGCGCAGCCGUGAUUGUUAUUGGAACACUAUGCGUCUUUUAUGCCGAGAUGCGCGAUGGAAAAGUAACUCCAAGAGAUACAACGAUGACAUUUACUUGUUUUGUCUUUUUCGAUAUGUUCAAUGCACUGAGUUGUCGAUCACAAACGAAAUUUAUUUUUGAGAUCGGUCUUUUCUCCAAUCGAUUUUUUCUCGUUGCGGUUUUUCUUUCAAUUGUUGGUCAAUUGGCAGUAAUCUAUUUCCCACCACUACAAUACGUUUUUCAAACUGAAGCAAUCAGUUUAACAGACCUAACGAAUAUCAAUCGAACCAUACGGAUGGCAUUGUAUCAAAAAACGAUGGAGGAGUUUAACAAAUUACUCAAAUCUGAUACAAUCGAUUUAAAAAAGUUGAAAACUCUUGCAUUUAACGGCUGUCCAACAGAUAGUGGUAUUCGUAGUUUAACUUGGAAGAUUUUACUCAAUUAUCUCGUUCUCGAUCGAACUAAAUGGGCAUUAUAUCUAUCCAAACAACGAGAACUGUAUCGUGGUUAUAUUCGUGAAACAAUUAUCAAACCAGGUCUUCAAUCAUCAUGUCAAUCAACUGUUGUUGAUCAUCCAUUGAAUUGCGCACCCAACAGUUCAUGGGCAGCAUAUUUCAAAGAGAAUGAAGUUUUACUACAGAUCGACAAAGAUUGUCGACGUCUUUGUCCUGAUCUGUCAUUUUUUCAAUGCAAAACCGAAUAUCCAUGUGCUGAAAUAAUGAAUCAAGAAGAUGGUUUCGAAAGUUUACGCAAACGAAUUGUAUCUUCAUCACUAAAAGUUGAAUCUCGAUCUCAAUCACGUCUAACUGGUCGACUAGAAAUUCAAUCGAAUAACAAACCCUCACAUCAGAAAAACAAUAGUUCUCUCAAUUCAGCAUGUGAUGAUAACGAAUAUGAAGUCUUAGCAGCCGGUUGCGAAGCACAUUGGGAAGUCGUCGAAAGAAUUCUGUUCGUUUAUUCAAAGUUAAACUCGGGACAGAGUUACGUUCAAGGAAUGAAUGAAAUCAUUGGUCCUAUUUAUUACACUUUUGCAACUGAUCCAAAUGUGGAAUGGAAAGAACAUGCUGAAGCUGACACAUUCUACUGUUUUACAAGUUUAAUGACACAUCUUCGAGAAAACUUUAUGAAAAUCUACGAUAAUUCAGAAUUCGGUAUUCUUGGACGUAUGCAGAAGUUUCUCAGCCUAUUGAACAAAACGGAUAAAGAAGUUUAUGAUUUAUUUGAAAAACAAAAUUUAAAACCAGAAUUUUAUUCAUUCCGCUGGUUAACUUUACUACUUUCCCAGGAGUUUCAUUUACCUGAUGUUUUACGCAUAUGGGAUUCAUUAUUUGCUGAUCAAGAUCAAAACUUUCAAUUCUUACUGUAUCUUUGCUGUGCAAUGGUCACUUUACAACGAGAUCAACUUCUAAACGGAUCACAAGCGCAAAACAUCAGAUUAUUACAAAAUUAUCCACCAGAUACAGAUGUUCAUAAAAUUCUUCAAAAAGCAGCUGAACUCAAACGUAUUCAUCAUCUAUGA